AUGGCGUCUCAAAUGUCGUCGGCGACGUCUUACAAAAAUCCCAAGCUGAUCUCCAUACCAGACGUGGAAAUCGAUAAAAGUGGCAAGUUCAAGUACAUCCUCAUCAAAGUUCAUGACCCAGAUGUAGACAGGGAAUUCAAGCACAUUGUUCGGGGCACAUCCAAGGCCAACUAUCAUGCUGACAUCUACAACAAUGUGGCUGGUAUGAUUGAGGAGAAGGGAUUGGAUUGUGAAGUGCUUGGUGGCGGCCGGAUAGACCACGAGCCCGCCAAAAAGUCAAUCAAGAUUUAUGGAUAUUCUCAGCAAUUCGGUCAGGCAGAUCACACAAUCACACAGUCCCUGCUGCUGAGGAAAUACAAGGACUACGACCAGAUCACCUGGAGCAAUGAAGGCUAA